GAGAGAGAGAGAGAGAGAGAGAGAGAGAGGCAGGGCUCCCCAACUCCAGUGAUUCCCAGACUGGCUGGCUGACAGUAAGCUCUGCGCUCUGAUCUGCCCGCUCUGAUGGGGUUUCAUGCCCAUGCAGACUGUGUUGGGGAUCCUGAGGGCACCAAAGGUUUCUGCUGCUAAGCUCAGCCUUUCUAAGUCCUACCUAUUGAAGAUAUCAGCCUACAGAGAUGAGAAUCAGGACGGCUAAUCUCAGCCUAAUUGAUGGCUAAUGGAUCAUCAACCAAUGACAGUCAAUAGAAUCCAAAAAGGAAGCUAAAAGAAGAUUAAAUGCAAGAAGCCCAAGGACGACUGGCAGAUAUGAGAGUGGUACUGGUGUUUGCCUUCCUCUCCCUCCUGUCUUUGUCACACGCCUGUCCAAAGGAGUGUAGCUGCAACAGCAACACCAAAGUGGUAGACUGCCGGGGACGAGGCCUAUAUGACAUACCCCGACGACUGCACCCAGACACCCAAGAACUGUAUCUUCAAGAUAACCGAAUCAGGGGGCUGGGAUCAAUGGCUUUCAGAGAAAUACCCCUCGUCCGCAUUCUUGAUCUAACUAAUAACUCUAUAACAUCUGUGUCACCAACUGCUCUGCUGGGUCUCAGAACUCUACAGCGCCUAAGCUUGGCCUACAACAGCCUGAGAGAGCUUGACAAGCGGUUGCUUGGACCCAUCCGCUCACUUUCACACCUUGACCUCUCACACAACAGCCUUUGGGGCUUCCCUGGAGCCCUGGGGGACAGUUUGAGGAACCUUAGCCACUUGGGGCUAGCGCACAACAGGCUAACACGAUUGGACCGCUCUCUGUUGGAGGCCCUGACCCGCCUGGAUAGUCUCACGCUACGAGGCAAUCCCUGGAAGUGUGACUGCCAGCUCAUAGGCCUCAAACUCUGGCUGGAGACAUACCUCUUUAAAGGUGGAGUGGUGGAUGAGGUGAUUUGUUCACAGCCAGAAGAAAUGAGGGAUAGAGACCUGCAGAAAGUCCCCUACCAGCUCUUCCACGCCUGCAUGACCACAAGCUACCAUUACCUCUUUGCUAACAUACACCACCUGGAGUCUGAGAGGUUACUGCGAGGCCACACCCAUGGCAACCAUGCCCAUCCCUCUAGCCACGCCCUCCACGUCCCCAUGGCAAUGGGGGAGGGUUUUGGUGGAGGAGGAGGAGGAGGAGGGAGCCUGCCAGAGUGUGAAAAUAAGCAGAGGCAGCGGCCUGUCAACUUGCGCCACGCAAUUGCCACAGUGAUCAUCACCGGUGUAGUGUGUGGGAUCGUGUGUCUGAUGAUGCUGGCUGCAGCAGUGUAUGGCUGCGCCUACGCUGCUAUCAUGGCCAAAUAUCAGCGGGAGCUAAAGAAGAACGAGGAGUUGGCAGCAGCGCAGGGGGCAGAUCAUGCCACAGCAGAUGAGAAGGAACCACUGGAGAAUGCUAUCGCCUAGGAGAUGAUAACAUGAAGCCUGGACUUAAAACCUGGGCCUCAACCCUUUAACCCAACUGUCUCCGGACGCCAUGUGCGUGUUAGUGCGUGUGUUUGUGAGGAACAAGAAACAGAGAGUGAGAUUCUUUAUGUGUGUGUGUUCACCUCCUUUCUAAGACUUGGGUAGCUAAAUUCUACAUAUAUUUGACUAUGCACUGAUGAGAAGAGCAUCUUCUGCUGUUUGUGGGUUCGACGGACAGGCCAAAGAAUCCAAAAAGAAUCACUUUUAUUUUGUCUGAGAAAUGCAUAUCACAGAAUUUAAUGAAAAUGCUAUAUAUUUAUAAUUGUGUAUUUACAGGUAUAAUAACUCUCGUAUUAAAAAAAUGGAUUUCAGA